AGUCACUGUGAUACAAUCUCAGCAUCGAGGCCAGGCGUUCAGUACUUGCCGCCGAAGACCGCUUGAGCAAGUGUCAUCAUGUAAUGCGGACUGGACAGAGCACUCGGAUAUUUCCGACAAUGAAUUGUACCUACCUACCUACCUACCUACCUACCUACCUACCUAGGUAUGUAUGUAUGUAGGAACCUCCCACAAGAUGGGCGGCUGGCUGAGGGCCGUCGCUACUUCCCAAAUCCUGCUACUCAAACAGGCUGUCCGCCCAUUCUAGGCUGCAAGAGCAUUCACUGUAGACACCUGACAACUACACGAUUACCUCUUGACUACGAGCCAUUAGAAGCAUUGUCGUCAGGGCGACUGUGGCUAUGCUGUAUUCCUUCAAUUUUGCAUUUCUGGUGUCCCCUCAUCUUCUCUAUUUCAUCAUCAUCACUUUUAUUUCGUUUGCAGAACGACCCAUCAGCUCACAUUCAUCGACAAGUAUCUCAGCUCAGCAGUACUAUCACCUCUCUGAUCGCCUCUCUCCUCUGCCUCACACAUCGCUCCGCUUUUGAGACAUUCGACACUCCAAUGCAUUCGAAAUCAUUUCUGACCGGCUUGGCUGGCUGGGUUCUCGUCGGCAUUGUCGCGGCCUUGCCCAGUGGUGCCUCCCUCAACGAGACUCUGUCCCACGCUCCUACCACCAAAGAAGAGUCAGCGACCUUUUGCGAAGCCGUCGGCCACGGUGACAGUCCAGUUCCCGACUGGUACUGGAACAGACUCUCCAAGAGCUUCAAGACGAGGACCGACAUCUUUGUUGGCAACCGCAAGUUGCGUUUUGCACGAUUCGCCAACGACGUGUGCGGCCUCUGUCCAGAGUUUCCCAUGCAGCCAAUACACUACCAGGUCGGCAAGGUUGACAAGCUCGCCUCUGGCCGCUGCAAGACAUUCAAGCUCGAGACAGAAUGGAACAGCUUCAUCUUCGACUAUGGCAGCAAAAUUUCCGAUUGCCGCCUCGACGUUCACGCCGAACCUGACUGCGACGGCCCAGUCACUCAUUCCUAUGAGUCGAAUGCCGAGCAUCACUGCCAAACAAUCCCACAUGGUGGCAAGUCUGUUCAUGUCGAGUGCGGAAAGCCUCAUGAUCGUGUCGAGUUUCUGCACUGGCCUGUCGAUGAAGUCAUGAGCUGCGCUGCCACCGACCUUUUUGAGGUCGAUGACGUUCUCGACAAUGACAAUGUUACUCAACAACCUAUCCCCCCAACUCGCGUGAUGCUUCGCAAUGCGCAAGUUGCCGACGGGGCCAAACAUUCCGCUUCUACCAUCCUCGAGGCCGAUGAGCAUGAUGAUGACAACGAGGACGACGACGACUUCGACUUACCCGACGAAGACGCCACUGAUUUCCUGAAUCUGGAAUCGACGAGGAGGAUUAAGACUGUGGUCCACCAGCAGUUUGACGCUCUGCCGCCGAACGGCACAUCCUUCGCCUACUUCCAGAACCGCGACUGCGGCAGCUGCGGCAACUCGAGCGAAACGGGUACCGCGAUGCUCCUCGAAUCGGGACAGUGCCAGACUCUCCCAUCCAACUUUACCUCUUUCUUCUUCAAGAUCGGCGACAGUAUCCAGGUAGCCCACCUGCAGGUGUUUGGUCAAGCAGCUUGUGCGGGAGAAGCCACCAGUGAGUCGCCAUCACGCGUGACAUGCAGAGCCUUGCUGACAUCUACCGUAGCUUUGGAUGAGUGGGACACCAGUGUGUGUCAACUCAUGGAAGACGAUGUCAUUGGCAGAUCGGUCAAAGCCGUCUUCACCACCAAUUCCGACGCUGGCAUGCAGUGAGCGACUUAUGCUCGAAAUUUUCCGAGGGUGUCGACGUUUCGACGUAUCGAAUAGUCGCAGGACUGGUCACUAACUCCUAUGAUUUCUCUCGGGAUGUGAGGUUUUCU